UCAGCAAUCAAGCGGUUUAAUGUUGUUUUGCUUUUACUGAAAUGCAGGAGUUUAAUACAACGGUAAACAUGCCAUUUUAGGAAAUGCUCGCCUACACUUUUAAGUUCGGCUAUCAUACUGUACCUCAGGAGAGAGUGAACGAAAUCAAAAUUUUACGUUUUGUAGUUGUAGCUCCCGUUUUCACGGGGAUCACCCUCCAAAAUAAAACUAAAGAAAGGCAGUGCGCACUAAAGCUGAUGUACAUUUGGCUGAGUGCAGCUACUGUAAUGUUGAGCUUUAAAUGUCAGCCCAUGGCUUCUAAAAGCAUGAAUGGAGGACACACAGGAUCAGGACGAUUGUUUUUGUUAUGCUGCCACUGGCCUGUUUGGUCUUUCUAUGCUUGUGGGUGCUGUUUUGAAACACCUGAUCUAUAAAUACAACCACAUCCGUCAGCAGUCAUUUGAGUUGUGGCAAUGACUCCCACCGACAGUGUUGUGGCUCAGAUGAGGAGCAAAAGUAAAAGCUACAUGCAGUCAUACCGCAGCUGCCACACUCCAGGAUUAACAGCACGGAGGCUCAACUCCAGCAGAAGAACAAAGUCGCACAAUAUAAUUGAGAAGGUGAAUCCAGAUGACCUGGCCUUGCUCGUGAAGACAGAGUGGCAGCUGUCAUAUGUUACUCCACUCUACCAGUUCAGACACACUCAGCUCAGGAGCUACUCGAGGCAACUUUCAGCAUUUAUUACUGCAGAAAAGCAGCAAGGUUUGGCAGUAGAGGUUGAGGGACUGCAGACCAGCUUCAGAGUCUCCUUCUCUGUGGUACGGGGGCUGGGAGAGACAGAUAACGAUGCUGAGACUGUCCUCAUACAGAUCCAUUCAAAGCCAGUGUUUGCAGGGAAGGAUGAACCGCUGAAGUUGGUGUGGAGCGGCUGGCUGACCUGCAUCAAUGGCAAUCCUGAAUACCUCCACUCGCUUCCGAAGGACUUCACCUGUCUGCCACUCUUUGGCAGCCGUGGGACUGAGAAUCUCACCUCUUCGGUCAAAUCCUGGUUUCAACAGACCUUUGACUGCUGCUUUGGCCCACUUGAAAUCAGCCAGACUUGCCUACAGUGGCUGGUGGCGUUAUGGACUAACUGCCACGUAGAGUCCAGCAUCCAGCAUCUCAAAAUGAUUUGGACUAUUCCGGUUGUGCCACCACUACAGAUCACCUACACAGUUAACUCUCAAGAUGCGUGGGACCUGUGGAACAGUGUGAAAAAUCCUUCACUGGAGAGGACUGGGGAGGAGGAGGCGGCAGCAAGAAGUAUUGACAUUGAGGAGGUGACGAGGUUCAUGCAGGGGUUGAAGAGCCACUUCUACAGACACUUCAGACUGGACCUGUCUGCAGGACGCCUGAGCCAGGUGUCAACUGCACUGGGAUCAGCCAAGUUCAGCGGCAGGAUCAAGAUGUCUAACAGCAGAUAUAUCAUCACAACCCUUACACUGCUGACAGAGUGUGCCCUCCUUAAAAUGCCCAUCUGAGCAUAAAAAAUGACUCUUCAGCAAGAGGAAAUGCAAUUUUGCAGUGCCAAUUUGCAAAAACUGUUUGGAAAUAACAGAUAUGGAUUUUAUUAUAGUUUUUUUUUUAUAAGCAAAACCAAACCAGCAUAACUUCUUUCCAUGAAAUCACCACAGACUAGUCGCUUCUAGCAUUUUAUUUUUUAUUUUUUUUUCCCCCUUUUCAUUUCCAGAUCUGGGGCUUUACAGGAGCUCAGCCCAGGCAGAAUUGUGCCUGCAAUUAUGAAGAAAUGAGGAUAAAAUGUUUCCAGUAUACAUCUUGUCCACUUUGUCUGCCAAGCAUGCUUAAGUGCCACUUCAUCUUGUUAAUACUUGUAUAUAGAGUUGUGUCCACCUCUUUAUAUAUUUUUGUCAUUUAUAGUUAUAAAUAAAGCUAAAAAAACGGGACCUAUUAAGCUCUUUCCUGUGUUUUUUAUUGUUGGACUCUACUAAAGUAGAUUUGUGUGAUUCACACAAACAUUUCUUAGAUGGGUCCUCAGUGCAGCCUCUGAGUUCAGACUGUAUUGUCUAAAAUAAGCAAUUUCAGCUCCAUUCCCCCUCCUGUUAAGCCAACUUGAAUAUGAUUGGCUGCCCCUCUUAACAGAAGGAUUGAACAGCAGGAGGGUGGGGCUUCAGUGGACUGAAAGUGAGUGUUAGGAGCAUACAGAGACCUCACUAUCUUAAACUCUGAGCAUCUUUUAUAUGAGUGUACUUCAUUAUUAUACAUACAGUGCACAUAUUAUUCAUACAGAAAAAUAAGGAAAAGCAUCUCCUUUAACGAGGUUCAUUUCUUAUCAAUUAAGUUUGUAAAUUUGUGUUAAUUAUCUCUCAAGUUUGGCAAGUUUAACAGUACAGAGGGGUGUAGGUGUGGGAUUAAUGCAGUAGCGAGGUACAUUGGCUACUUUCAUGUCAUGAUGGUGCUCGAUACAGAACCUGGUCUGCAGCAGGUCACGUUCAGAGUUGUGGUUUCGUCUGUGGCUCAUUUUCUUUUAAUGCUCUGCAGUGUAGAUUCUCAGCUGAACAAAUACAUUUGGCACACACCACAUGCUGAGCUGGACCUCACUAACACCACCGAAUAAAGCCCCCUGCUACAAAGCUGCAGGAGCAGAAACUGCUUUCAUGUAUUCAGUCAGCGAUUCAGAAAAGUCUAAUAUUGCUUUUAAAAGUCUAUAUGUGGGCUUUUGUUUUUUUUAAAUCAGUCAAAUGUAUUUCUCUCUGAUCUGCCUCCUUCAGUCACCUAUGCCUAAAUGGAUCAGCUGCUUAGAAAUCGU